UUCCCCUUUGUUCUCUCUCUAAUCUUCCCAUUCAAAAUUUCUCUUCUCCUCUCUCUCUCUCUCUCAAACUUUUCCUAUCAAAUUUUGCUCCUCUUUCCCCUGAUUCUCUCUCAAACCUUCUCGGGUCAGGCUCAAUUCAUUAUUUUGGAACGAAGUCGACGGCAAGUUCCAGCACUCCAACUCGAUUCAAGACUUACCGAUUCCCUCAACGUGGUUGAGCUAAAAACUUGCAUCAUGCACUCUUCCUCAUAAUACACGUUACAUCACUGAGGCAUCACCAUCCUUUCUCAACACGGACGGUGGGGAUGGACUGAUGUUCAUCUCCAGAGUCCUGGGGGAUGAAUUUAUCCAGGUUCCCAAACUUGGGUGUAACAAUUUGAGCUGAUUUUCAUUGAAGAUAUCAAAAUUUGAAGGGGAAAACACCAAUUUAAUGGAUAAGCUCCACUCUCCAAUUCACCUUCCCUUAUUUAAAAUAAGAGAGAAGGACAGAUUUGAUUGAUAUAAAGAAAGAUGAGAUAUGGGAUUGUAAAUCUCAUUACCACCAGAUUAUUUUCAUCUCUGAAACUGAACUCCACUGGUUUGUCUUGUGCUCUACAGAGUUACAUUGACUCAAAUGCCCAUUUAGAAGGACAAACUCUGCAUGCUUUUAUUGUAAAGGCAGGUUUCAAACCAGACAUUUAUUUAUCCACCAAGCUUCUCAUUCUUUAUGUUAAGUCGAACAAUUUGAAAUAUGCUCGACAAAUGUUUGACAAAAUCCAUGAACCGACAAUCGAAUCAUGGAAUGCAAUGAUAUCAUGUUAUUCAAGAAAUGGACCAGCAGAAAAAACUCUGAAUUUCAUUUCACAAAUGGCUAAUUCUGGCCUAAAGUUUGAUGGUUUCACAUAUGCCAGCAUUUUGAGGGUCUCGGCGCUUAUCCACGAUUUGGGUCUUGGAAAACAAGUUCACACACAGAUAACCAAGAACGGGUUUCAGUCAGAUGAGGUUCUCUACACUGCAUUGAUAGACAUGUAUUCGAAAAGUGACAGCAUAUCAUGUGCUAGAAAAGUCUUUAGUGAGAUGCCUGAAAGAAAUGUGGUCUCUUGUACAGCCAUGAUUCAUGGGUACAUGAGAUGUGCAUGCCCCAAUGAGGCCCAUGAAAUAUUUGACGGCAUCCAUGAGAAAGAUGUAGUGGCAUGGAAUGCCCUCAUAGAGGGUUAUAGCAGUCAUCCAAAUUACGCUUUGAAAUCAUUGACGGCUUAUGUUGAGAUGCAACGGUCAGGAUUUCGACCUACUGUUUCGACAUUCUCUAGUAUAAUUGGAGCGUGCAUUAUAUUGUCUGCCUUAGAACAAGGGCAAAUGAUCCAUGCACAAGUUAUUAAGAGCGACUCACGCCAUGAUGUUCGUUCUAAUAGUGCUUUGAUCGACAUGUACGCAAAAUGUGGGGAAAUUUUGGAAUCAAGAAGGGUGUUUGAUAAGAUGCCUCACAAGAAUAUCGUAUCGUGGACUGCGAUAAUUGAUGGGUAUGGAAAGCAUGGAGACACGAAUGAAGCCUUGCGGCUCUAUGAGAAAAUGCUGAAGUUCGGUAUUCAGCCAAAUCAUGUAACAUUUCUUAGCAUGCUCUCCGCAUGUGGCCACACCGGACUUACCCAAGAAGGGUGGCAAGUAUUCAUGAGCAUGAGAGAAGAGUAUGGGCUCGAGCCCAAGGUCGAGCACUAUGCUUGUAUGGUAGAUAUUCUAGGGAGAGCAGGGCUUUUGGAUGAGGCAUUGUGUUUUAUAAGAAAAAUGCCAGUUGAGCCAAAUGAUGAUGUAUGGGGUGCAUUGCUAGGGGCUUGUGGCAUCCAUGGAAAUGUCGAGAUGGCAAGCCUAGCAGCAGAAGAGCUCUUCAAGCUGAAUGCGGCCAGGCCAGGGUCUUAUGUUGGUUUGUCAAAUACAUUUGCGGCUGCCGGGAGAUGGGAGGGUGUGUCUAAAGUACGAGAGUUAAUGAGAGAGAAAGGUGUAUCUAAAGAUGCUGGAUGCAGUUGGGUUGAGAGAGAGGCCUGAUAGUUUGAAUAUAACAGGCAUUAGAAAGAAAAGAGAGGCAUGUGGAAUGAACCUCCAGUCUCAAUACCUUUUUUUGAGAAGAUUCACUAUAAUUUCAUUACUGAAUAAUAGAUUGUACAAAAAAAUAUGGUGACCCAAAAGUGUCCAAAGGGGUUUACAAUGCGAAAAAGCAACUCUGAGAGCAGGAAAGAAAUGGGUGGUCACGAAAACCUGGUCCCCAAUGGGUAAUAAUUGGAAUAGGCCCCCUCUUGAGGGAAUCGAGUUGGCUUCUUUGUAGGCAUGGCACCAAGAAAUUCUGUAGCCACAGGUUAUACGUGACAUCUCGUAAAAAAUGUUGUUGAGACGCCAAGGCUACAGUAGGAGUUGAGAUGCCCAAGUGUUCUUGGUCUCCCUCGACCACUACGUCAGGACUCCAGGUGUGGUCAAACUUGCGAAGGCUCUCCAAGAGGGCAAGGGCCUAAGCAAGAGUUAAGUCCCAGUCCCAUGGGGCACCUUCACUAGAUGGAAAGAGACCCCCUAUUCCGGAAGGUCCUCGGUUGCGAUCGGAGCAACCAUCAAAAUUGAGCUUAAUAGAUCCUGAUUCAGGUGGUGUCCACAAUGAGGCCUGCGAGAUUGUAGGACAGGCUAGUUGCAUCAAAUUCAACUAGUUGCAGAAUCAGUGAAGGAGAACUCCUUGAAGAGCUUGUGAUUGGUGGCUUAGAAGGCCACUAGGUUCCUAACUUUCUCAGCCAACUGUUUGACCGUGGAUCUCUGACAGUGGUCUAGUGUCAAUGUGUUUUUGUAAUGCUGAUCCCAUACGGGUAAUUCAUAUACCCUACAUCAAAUGUUCAUCCCAAAAAAGAGACCCAUGCAAAUUUUUCAUUUUCGGUUGAAAGUUAAAACUUGAAAAGAGUGAAUGCUUCUUUGCCAAAAAAAGAAAGACAAUUUCUAAAGGAAGACAACUUUC